UGUUUCCGUGAGUGGCCGCUGCGCACUCGGCACUGGGCGGCGCUGGCUGGCUCCCUGGCUGCGGCUCCUCAGUCGGCGGCGGCUGCUGCUGCCUGUGGCCCGGGCGGCUGGGAGAAGCGGAGUGUUGGUGAGUGACGCGGCGGAGGUGUAGUUUGACGCGGUGUGUUACGUGGGGGAGAGAAUAAAACUCCAGCGAGAUCCGGGCCGCGAACGAAAGCAGUGACGGAGGAGCUUGUACCACCGGUAACUAAAUGACCAUGGAAUCUGGAGCAGACAACCAGCAGAGUGGAGACGCUGCUGUAACUGAAGCUGAAAGUCAACAAGUGACAGUUCAAGCCCAGCCACAGAUUGCCACAUUAGCCCAGGUAUCCAUGCCAGCAGCUCAUGCAACAUCAUCUGCUCCCACUGUAACCUUAGUGCAGCUGCCCAAUGGGCAGACAGUCCAGGUCCAUGGGGUUAUCCAGGCGGCCCAACCAUCAGUCAUUCAGUCUCCACAAGUCCAAACAGUUCAGAUUUCAACUAUUGCAGAAAGUGAAGAUUCACAGGAGUCUGUGGAUAGUGUAACUGAUUCCCAAAAACGAAGAGAAAUCCUUUCAAGGAGGCCUUCCUACAGGAAAAUUUUGAAUGACUUAUCUUCUGAUGCACCAGGGGUGCCAAGGAUCGAAGAAGAGAAGUCAGAAGAGGAGACUUCAGCCCCUGCAAUCACCACUGUUACAGUGCCAACCCCAAUUUACCAAACUAGCAGUGGGCAGUAUAUUGCCAUUACCCAGGGAGGAGCAAUACAGCUGGCUAACAAUGGUACCGAUGGGGUACAGGGCCUGCAGACAUUAACCAUGACCAAUGCAGCUGCCACUCAGCCGGGUACUACCAUUCUACAGUAUGCACAGACCACUGAUGGACAGCAGAUUCUAGUGCCCAGCAACCAAGUUGUUGUUCAAGGUACUCAAAAAAUUGUAAAGCAGGAUGUCAGUGAAUUUGAAUUCUCAACGUCAGUUUGAAUAUGCUGCCUCUGGCGAUGUACAAACAUACCAGAUUCGCACAGCACCCACUAGCACCAUCGCCCCUGGAGUUGUUAUGGCAUCCUCCCCAGCACUUCCUACACAGCCUGCAGAAGAAGCAGCACGAAAGAGAGAAGUUCGUCUAAUGAAGAACAGGGAAGCAGCACGAGAAUGUCGUAGAAAGAAGAAAGAAUAUGUCAAAUGUUUAGAGAACAGAGUGGCAGUGCUUGAGAACCAAAACAAAACAUUGAUUGAGGAGCUAAAAGCACUUAAGGACCUUUACUGCCACAAAUCAGAUUAAUUUGGGAUUUAAAUUUUCACCUGUUAUGGUGGAGAAUGGACUGGAUUGGCCACAACCAGAAAGACAAAUAAACAUUUAUUUUCUAAACAUUUCUUUUUUUUCUAUGCGCAAAACUGCCUGAAAGCAACUACAGAAUUUCAUUCAUUUCUGCUUUUGCAUUAAACUGUGAAUGUUCCAACAACUACUUCCACUUCUGCCCUCAAGAAAUGUGCAGCGCCAGGAAUCAUGAAGAGACUUCUGCCCUCGUCUCCACCACCCUCAAGAAGUAAUCAUUUGCUUAUUUGUAAAUUGUUGGGGGAAACAAGAAAAAUGAAAUCUUGUCUUUCUUAUUUUUGUUUUAGGUUUGUUUUGUUUGUUUUCUUUUCUUUUUAAUGAUUUCAAGGUUUGUGCUGAGCUCCAUGAUUGCCUUAGGGACAAUUAAUUACCCAGUCUCCUGAGCUGAAGUAAUGUGUGGGACUCAUAAGGAAAGUAAGUAAGGUGCAAUGAAGAAGUGUUGAUUGCCAAACUGAUGAUUUUACACUUUCAUUGUGAAUUAUGUAAAACUAUUAAAGACAUCCUUAUAUAAGGAUCUUAGUGUGAUGCUGAGGAGUAAAGUUUCUAUGUAUGUUCUUUUCUUCAGUACUGACAACACGUUGUCCUUGGUUCUGAGAAGCAUUUGGUAUUAGCUACAGCUCUUCUCUAGGGCAGUUGUUGCUUCUUACUUCAGUUCUAUGUGUUCAGCAAUUUGAAUACAUUAAAAGAAGUAACCAACUGAAUGGAAAGCAUAGUAUUGAAUUUUGAGUUAAGUUAAAAUCAUAGUAUAUAUAAAGCUUAUUUUGGUUAGUACUAAAUCUUAAUGAACAGGUGCUGGCCCGGGAGCCAACUCCUUGAGUUAUAUAAUAAGGUUUUUAAUAAAUAAAAACUUUCAUCCUUGCUCUCAAAAUCCUUAUACUGUCACUCAUUUACCUGAAAAAUUAUUUCUAACUCACUGUUGCAUUUAUGCUGUGCGACCAACAGGAACAUUUUCAAGAUGUCCAAGCAAAGUGAUUGCCCUCAGAAAGUACUAAAUUGACAAACUUUUCUAUAUUCACGUAUUUUUAUCAGAAAAUCUCUUGGAAUUUUUUUAAGUCAAAGAAGUUACAAGGAUGUGCUUCUAAAAUGUGUAAACUGCACACAAAAAAAGUAAUUUUCUUCAGGCAUUGUAGUGUGCUAUGGUACAAUAUUUGGCAAAACACUUUUUUUUCUCCCAAAAACGGUGGUACUACUUUAACUAUCCCAAUGCUGUUCUGUUUCUAAGAAUGCUCCCUGCUUAAAUCUUUACUCAUAGUCUGCAUUUAUGUGUAACACUGUUUCUGAUAAGACUUAGUAAUAAUUCUUUUUGUUUUUCAUUAAGCCUGAUAAAAAUCUUAAGAGUUACUUCUUUAAAAGACAAAUAUGAGGGGAGUGGAGGCUGGCAUGUUAGAUUACUUCAUGUUUGAGGAAGGACUCAGACUCAGAAGGGUGUUUUAUAUUUGCUUUGGGAUAUUAAGAAAGUUAAUGUCAGUAUAUAUAUGAGCGUAAGAUGUUUGGCCCAUUUUUAAAAUAAGACUUUAGGUUGCUAUCUGUAAAUGUUGUAUGUUGUUUGUAACAAACCAUUGUCUUUUUUCAAGGAUGACCAGUUUGUGAAGGAACAUCAUUCUAAGAGUUGAGUGAUGUAAUAAUCCUUAUGUCUGGACAGUUCACCAGAUUCUCCAGAAGGCUUUCAAACGACUAAAGUUUGAUGUUUGUCCUGCUGAGCUUACUGGGAAAGAGAUAGCAUAAAAACUGUCUGUACCAGCAUGUAGAUGUAUCAUUUGCUAAACUUGGUGAAACAAAAAUGAAGCAGAAUCAUAAAUCUGUCAACAAACUGGAAUGACUUCAUAUUAAGUCAGAAUGUCAGAUUGAGCAUUUUAAAUGUCACAAGUGGAAAAUUUGCCUAGUAUGUAUAAGUUGUAAUUUGUAAGUGUCUGUCUUCAAAAGUUGAGGCUUUCUACAUAAUGAGGAAAUUGGUGGUCUUCUUAACCCUUUAGAGACCAAGGCAGUCUCAGUCAUACUUAAUACUUGGAUGGAUAUUAAUUUACAGAGGCCUGGGCCUUUAUGCUUGGAACAUGACUGGGUUUGACACCAGUUACUUAAUAAUGUGAGAAAUAUAUGGUGUUGUGAAAUCUGAAUUUGAAAUUUCAGUUCAUACAGAAAGAAAUCAAGCCUCUUUAAUGCAAGCUGGAUUUUUUUUAAAAAAAAAAUUGAGAAUUAGAAAAAAACAAACAAACUUGCUUUUGAGCUACGUGGAAAAUCUUUAUUAAGAAGAUGACAUAAUUUUUUAAAAACUCUUAUAUCCAAGAUUGUAUGUGGCCACAUUACCGGUAAUGUUUUUCUCUUCAUAUUGGCCAAAAGGGAAUGAAAAUGUCAUAGGAAUCUGUACAUAUGCUACUGAUUUGCCUAGAAAAUAGCAAGUUUGGUAUUGCUCACUUUGCAUAUAUAGUGGCACUUUUAUCUAUAGGACAGAUUAACUCUAAUAAAAAUGAAAUGGGGAGGGGUUUAUUUUUGAUAUUACUGAGUUUUCAAGCUUUGAUAGUGUUUAACUGAAAAAUGGUUUAGAAAGGGCUAGAUCCAAUAUGUUCAUAUUUAAAAAAUUGAUAUGAGAUACAAUUUAAGUUCUUUAUCAAAAGCAAGUACCAUAUUAGCAACCAUCAUAUUGUCCUAGGUGCUGUGCUUGUUUAGAUGUUACAGAGUGGGUGGGGAAGUGGCAUUUUGUAAUAUAUGUGUACAUAUAUACAUACAGUAUAUCAUCUAAAUGCUCUGAGAGCUGUUAUGUCAGGAAUGCUGAGUGUUACAGUGUAUUGAGGUCAGAUGAGAUCCCACUCUCCUGUACAUUCUCCUGCAUCUCUUCUGGUGUUUCAGUGACUGUAUUACUUCAGCACUCACAACUGGGUUUUCUCUUUUCUUCCAGUUUUUUAUUAGUUUUUUUUUUUUUGGUUGUUGUUGUUUGGCUUGAUCCUUUUGAGUGUGUUACCAGUCACUUGAAAACUCCUAAACCCCAAAGCUUUUUUUUUCCCCUGCUUUGUUUCUGGCAGCUAUAAAAUUGGUAAGAACAUUUUGAAAAUAGCUUUUAAGAGACUUGUUUCAAGAAUCAUUUUGGACAAAGACUUCUGGUGUUUCAUUUGAACAGAGAUUUUUGUCAAGAUGUGUUAUGAUGGUAAGUCAGCAAGCAGUGCUAGUGUCUAAAGCACAAAACCAGUCAGUUAGGCUGUCCAAUCAGAAGUCCUCUUGGCUGAAGUUGGUCUGUCUCUCAGGACUCCUCCUACUGUUUUCAACCUUUUAGAGUGACAUGGAAUCAUACAAAUAUUGGGGCUUAGAAACAAACAUUUAUAUAACCUGGAAUGUUUUUCCUUCUUGAAGUGACUUCGAUCUCUAUGUUAUAGUCUUUCCUGUUUAGGAGGCUUUAAUCCUCUGUCAACCCCAGUCAGCUAGUAACACAAAUUGGUUUCUCUACCAAUAGCUGCUUCAUUUUCAGUUCCUUCCAGAGGCUUUUGUUUUGCCUUUGUAACACUGAAAACUAUUGGUAUAUCAUUCUUCGGGGCCCAAUACAAAGGUUGUAUAUUUACUUGGGGUUGUAUUUACAUUAAUUCUUUGUAAAUGUUCAGUGUAACUUGCACUUUUUUUUAAUGACCCAGUUUGGGUAUCAGCAACUUGGGAAAUUCCUCAUCAGUGAGUUCUCAGCUGACCCUUUUGUCUUCCUCCUCUUCAAAUCAUGACUCCUUAAUGGAAGCUUUUCACUGAUUACAAUAUCAUAGCUAGCCUUAAGCAUGUUAUAAAAGCUAAAUAUCUGGGAAUUAGAUUUGACUAAUGAAGGAAAAAUAAGUACUUAUAAUUUUAAAUUUCAUCCUCACUUCAACAUUAGUUCUAUGUAGAGUAUGCCAAAAAAUUUCAGAAGAUUACAAACCUUGUUAAAGCAAUUAAUUUAUUGUCAUCAUGGGAGACCAUGUAAUCAUUGUUACUAAAUCAUUUUAAUUUGGCUUUGUUAACUUAUGAGAAAUGCUGCCUAAACUUGACUGGUUUCUGACUGAGGGGAGUAAAGUAUGCUUUGUUAGGCCUGUAGGCGAAUCAUUCUAGAAUAAACUUGUUCACUGAGAUGUACAAAGCACAACUAGAGUUUGGGGUGGCUUGUGUGUGUCUUGAUUACUUUCAAUGUUAAUAAUGUUGACUUUUUAAGUUAACAGUCACUGUUAUGUACUAGGAACUGGUUUCCUUGACUUUCUAGAAUCAAUGGCCAAGAGAGGCAUAUAAUCCUUGAGGGGUUGAAGGUAUCAUGAAGUUGAGUCAGUAUGGAAGAAUUUCAAACAAAUCAAACAGGGUGCUGAAGUUCCGGCUGACUCAUCUGCUCAUGGUAUGCUUACUGAUUAGUGAAUGUAGUUUUAAGCCUUUGUAUGUGUCCUCAGGGGCUGACAAACUUUAACAAGGACCAGAUAACAUUUGAAUGGAGGAAUUAUAUUUCAGGUGUUUUAGCUUGAAAUUUAUUUUUUAAAAAAAGAAAAAUUAAAAAAAAAAAGAGAGAGAGAGAGAGAGAGCAAAGUUUGGGAAGCGAGUUGGCAGUAGAGAGCAGGCAGAGCUGGUGAUCUGUGGUGGGCCUGUCCACUGCUGCAGUGGGGCGGGUCCCAGCUGGUGAUCCGCGGUGGGCCUGUCCACUGCUGCAGUGGGGUGGGUCCCAGCUGGGUAAAUGUUAAAUUGUUACCAGCAAGUAAAGGAAGAUGAGUAAUCUAUAGGAAGUAUCUGAGAAGGGCCAAACAAGAGACUCCGACUUCCCCAGGCAUGAUUUACUACUGCCCAUAGAAGUAUAGCAUUUCUAAACUUCUGUCUAAGGGACAUCUCCAGAGAUAAGAGUAAGUCUGAGAUAUUGAAAAAAAUCAGUAGGGAAGAAAGAUCACUGCAGAUCAUAAUCUAUGUUGGCCACAUGAAAUGAUUUAUUAUAUUUGGGAAGUUUUAUUUUCUUAUGUUUUUUAAAAUUGAAUUGGUAAGUGCUUUAUAGACGUAUUUUUACCCAGGUGCCACUUCAAUGUGUAUGUAAUAAAAUUAUUUAUAUUAAAAGUGGGAAAUUUGUCAACAUUUUUCUGUGUGUGUAGAUUUAUUAGGACGGUGAAGAAGUGUGCUAGUUAGCAGUUUCCUGUGUAAAGCUGUCUCUACUGAUCUGUACACAUCGGUUAUAGUGCCCCAGUAGAAGGGAUCAUUUCCAACCUAGACAUGUCACUUGAAACUCUUGAAAAACAAAAUAACCAGGGAAGUCCAAGAAUGGUAUUUGGCUUUUUGGUUUUUCCUUGAGUACUGGAGUAGAGAAUACCUCCCCAGAACUGUCAGCACAAAACAGGGUAUCAGCUUUAACUCUGAUGUUCCUAUUGGAGUAGAGUACUAAUAGCUAUGAGAAGGGAAAUACAUUUCUAGUAACCUUCCCUACAGUCUAGAAACAUCCCUGUUUAAAUUUUUUACCUAAGUCUUCUUGUGCUUUAUGUGUAAAGAAUAAAAGUACCAAGACACCAUGCAUUUUAUUAACACUAUGUACAUACUGGCUGCUUUGUGUUCAGAAUGGUAGCAGUUACUUUGUAUAUUAAAGUGAUCCUUGUGAAUUUGUGAAAUAUUGUCAUAAAGUGCUUUUCUUACUGUAAUCUUUGUGGUAUCAACUGUCAUAAUGCCCUUUUUACACAGACAUUUAUGUGCAGUCACAUAAACAUGCUUUUUAAAACUC